AAAACCGAACUUGACAAAAUGAGUUGAUAACUACCAUCGAAUUACAGUUUUGGGGGGAUUUAAGUUUUGUUGUGUUGCAUCUAGAGCGCAAAGCCUGACUUGCUUUAUCAUUUCCACCCGGAGUGUAAACAUCCGCGCACCGGAAGUAGCAGCAUCGUGGAGGAGUUAGCCUUAGCAUCGGCUAACAACUUGAGUUUGUUUUUCCAUCAUGGAUAACACGACAGACUGGACGUGGGAUAGUUUAUCAGUCAAACUCAAUGACGGAGUCUUAGAGACGCUGCGGGAACUUAAAUUCACGCACAUGACACCCGUACAGUCGGCUUGCAUUCCUCUCUUCAUGAGCAACAAAGAUGUAGCUGCCGAGGCGGUGACUGGGAGUGGGAAGACGCUGGCUUUCGUCAUUCCUGUUCUGGAAGUUUUGCUCAGGAGAGAAGAGAAGCUAAAGAAAAUGCAGGUGGGGGCGCUGGUGAUCACGCCCACACGGGAGCUGGCCAUCCAGAUCAGUGAAGUCAUGCAACACUUCAUCCAGAAGUUUCCACAGUUCACGCAGAUGUUGAUGAUUGGUGGCAACAAUCCCAUGGAGGAUGUGGAGAAGUUCAAGGAAAAAGGGGCCAACAUCGUCAUAGCAACACCCGGCCGUCUGGAGGACAUGUUUCGCAGGAAGUCAGACGGUCUGGACUUGGCCAGCUCGGUCAAGAGCCUGGAUGUUCUGGUUCUGGAUGAGGCUGACCGGCUCCUGGACAUGGGCUUUGAGAACAGUUUGAACGCCAUCCUGAGCUUCCUGCCCAAGCAGCGGCGUACGGGCUUGUUCUCGGCCACUCAGACUCAGGAGUUGGAGAAGCUGGUCCGGGCCGGGCUCAGGAACCCCGUACGCAUCACGGUCAAGGAGAAGGGCGUCGCCGCCAGCAGCACCCAGAAGACGCCGUCCAGACUCUGCAACUACUACACAAUCUGUCGCUCGGAGGACAAGUUCAACCACCUGGUGGCGUUUCUGAGGCAGCACAAGCACGAGAAGCAGCUGGUCUUCUUCAGCACGUGCGCCUGCGUGGAGUACUACGGCCGCGCUCUGGAGGCGCUGGUCAAGAAGGUGCCGGUCCACUGCAUCCACGGCAAGAUGAAACACAAACGCAACAAGACCUUCGCAGAAUUCAGAGCCCUCAAGAGCGGUAUCCUGGUGUGCACUGACGUCAUGGCGAGAGGCAUCGACAUUCCAGAUGUCAACUGGGUGCUGCAGUACGACCCCCCCAGCAGCGCCAGCGCGUUUGUCCAUCGAUGCGGACGCACGGCAAGGAUUGGUAACCGUGGCAACGCUCUGGUAUUCCUGCUGCCCAUGGAAGAGUCGUACGUCAACUUCCUGUCCAUCAACCAGAAGUGUCCGCUGCAGAAGAUGUCGUCCAUAAAUGAUGUGGUGGACGUUCUACCCAAAGUGAAGGCCAUGGCGUUGGCGGACCGCGCCCUGUUUGACAAGGGCAUGAGGGCUUUUGUGUCGUACGUGCAGGCGUACGGCAAGCACGAGUGCAGCCUCAUCUUCAGGGUGAAAGAUCUGGACUUUGCCUCGGUGGCUCGCGGCUUCGCUCUCCUCCGCCUGCCAAAGAUGCCGGAACUCCGCGGGAAAACCUUCCCCGACUUCCAGGAAGUGGAGGUGGACACGGAGACCAUCCGCUACAAGGACAAGCACAGGGAGCGAUGCCGGCAGAAGAUGCUGGUGGAGCUCAAGGAGAAGCGAGAGACGAUGGAGCACAAGAAGAAGCCUCAGAGGAACCAAGCCUGGUCCAAGCAGAAAGCCAGGAAGGAGCGCAGGAAGAAGGCGGCCACCAAAAGGAAGCAGGAGCAGGGCUCCGACGUAGAUGACGACGACAUGCAGGAGCUUCUCAACGACACUCGCCUCCUCAAGCGGCUGAAGAAGGGUCAAAUCUGCGAGGAGGACUUUGAGAAGGCCAUCACGCGAGGACACGACUGAGCGCCAUCAUGAAAAGUCUCAGGCCUCUUUUCCAUCUUUCAACGUUUAAUGAGCCAAAUGUUUAUAAAUAAAGCUUGAUGAGCUCGUCGCUGACGGCCGAUGGCGUGAGGACGCCAAGGUCCGUGAAGAGGAGGGUGAUGAGGGAGGGGGGCGUGUAGUCCACCAGCGGGUGUUCCUCGGACAAGUUGGGGUGUUGCUUCAACGUGUCUGCUUUGUACUGCCGGGGAGGACACAAGACGUCAUGUGAUGCGUGUACGUUUGGCUAGGUUAGCAGCGGUGUUUCCAACAGGACUGCAAUCUAUUUGCGGUGGAAGCUAAAUGAUGCUAUUGUCAUAUAUGCAUAAUUGUUAUUGUGCACAAACCAUGAAAAACUAACAAUUUGAUAUAAAAAAUUAACUUUC